UUCUCUCACUACAUAGUUCUCACUUGCUCUCUUGCUUCUUUAGCCCUCUUUUUCCUCUUUCGCAGGCAUUCGAACUUCGAAUCUACCAAUCAACUCCUUUUGAGGAGCCUGUUGCCGCCUCGAGUUGCGGCGCUGGUCUCGCUUCUUCUUCUCCUUCUUGCUCCCAUGUCGGAGAGCAUGUGAGUGAGGAACUGCGAGUUCUCACUGCUCCGCUUCUUUUAGUCGGCGAGGUCUCCAUGAUCCAGUAGAAUCGGAGAUCUCUGUUCGGCCGGCAGUGGGUUUAGAUCCGGUGAGGGAGAGCUACAUAAGUUUGAAAGAGUUGGAGCUAAUUGUUAUUUUAAGAUGGAGCAAUAUGAGGUUUUGGAGCAGAUUGGCAAAGGAGCAUUUGGCUCUGCUCUUCUCGUGAAGCACAAGGUGGAAAAGAAAAAGUAUGUCCUGAAGAAAAUCAGGCUUGCUCGGCAGACAGAUAGGUGCCGCAGGUCUGCACACCUGGAGAUGGAGCUUAUUUCUAAAGUGCGGAAUCCAUUCAUUGUGGAAUACAAGGAUUCUUGGGUUGAAAAGGGCUGUUAUGUUUGUAUUAUCAUAGGGUAUUGUGAGGGUGGCGACAUGGCUGAAGUUAUAAAAAAGGCGAAUGGACACCUUUUCACUGAAGAGAAGCUUUGCAAGUGGCUUGUGCAGUUACUUAUGGCUCUUGAUUACUUGCAUGUGAACCAUAUUCUUCACCGUGAUGUCAAGUGUUCUAAUAUUUUCCUAGCAAAAGAUCAGAGCCUUCGACUGGGUGACUUUGGCCUUGCAAAAAUGUUAAGUUCGGAUGAUCUUGCAUCAUCUGUUGUUGGAACUCCCAGCUAUAUGUGCCCAGAGCUUCUAGCAGAUGUACCUUAUGGUUCCAAGUCUGAUAUAUGGUCUUUAGGAUGUUGCAUAUAUGAAAUGACUGCUCUGAAGCCUGCUUUCAAAGCUUUUGAUAUGCAAGGCCUGAUAAACAAAAUAAACAAGUCAAUUAUAGCUCCUCUCCCGAGUACAUAUUCCGGCCCAUUUAGAGGACUUAUUAAAAGCAUGCUUAGGAAAAGCCCAGAACAUAGGCCAAGUGCUGCAGAACUGCUCAAGCACCCACACCUUCAGCCCUAUGUACUCCAAGUACAUUUGAAAACCAGCCCAAAUCGCAACUCUCUUCCCAUCCAACAUCUCACAAGCAAUCUUGUAAAGAAAAUUAGAUUUUCUGAUGAUGAAGAUGAUUUUGUCUGCAACAAAAAUGACAAAAUACAAUCCUAUGCCAAUGAAAGGAUUGUGAAGCCGAACCGAACCACAGCCGAGCGGGAUUCCAUUAGCUCCACAAAAAGCAUUAAAGAUCAUCCUGAAUAUUUGAAACAAAAGAUCAAGGACUUGUCAGUUGGCAGCAGUCAUAUAGGCCAGCCACGCCGUGGAAAAAUGAACAUUGAUAAGCCAAGUCUUUCUAAGACACCUAAAUAUACUCCAGGCAAAGCUUUUGUUACUCCAAGAAAGCAAGAGGAACCUGCAAAAACUAUAUAUAGUGUAUCAAACCGUGAAAUGGCUUACAUAAGGACACCAGCGGAUCGUACUAGUAGAUUCAGUAGGAGGGCGUCUCUGCCACUGCCUUCAUUUGAAACACCUCACAGACGCAAUGCUACUAGCAUGCUUCAAAGGAUGCAAUCUCCAGAGGUUUCAGUCAAUGCCCCUCGGAUAGACAGGAUUGCCGAAUUCCCACUAGCUUCAUCUGAAGAUCCUCUGUUCUCUCUCCAUAAGAUCUCAUCAGUUCAUGGCUCCUCUUCCACCCCUCACUAUGGAGAUCGCUCAAUCACCAAGGAUAAAUGCACCGUUCAAAUAUUUCGAACCGACGGAGAUCUUGGGAGCGACUCUUCUGAAAGAAAUCCUGCUGCUGUGGAUGCAUCAAGCCGGGGAUCGUCGGAGUCCCGUCAACGGCGGUUCGACACAUCAUCAUAUCAGCAAAGGGCAGAGGCUUUAGAAGGUUUGUUGGAGUUCAGUGCGCAGCUGCUACAGCAGGAGAGGAUUGAAGAACUGGGCAUACUCUUGAAGCCUUUUGGCCCUGGAAAGGCUUCGCCGAGGGAGACAGCUAUAUGGUUGACAAAGAGCUUCAAAGAGACGGCACCGUGAAACUGUCUUAGGAUUCUCAGGAACUUUUUCCCCUCAGUUUUUUUGUGUGAGGCUAAUGAAUAGGGUUAGUAGUUGCUAGUUUAGCAUAUUGUAGUCAUGCUGUGAUGUUCUUCAUUUACUGUACAAAGGUGUUUCUCCAUUUUAGAUCGAUUAGGUGUAGUUCACAGCUUGUAAACUACUCUUAAUGAACCUGCAUCGUCUUGUUUGGACUUAACUGGAAGAACUGGAACUGGACUUGGUUAUUCUGGAAAGAAGCUAUUUAAUUUUAAGUAUUCUUUACAUUGCAGGUA